CGUACGUUAAUGUAAGAUAAAAUGAGUGCUGAUAAUAUGGGAUGUGGAAGUAGUAGUGGGGUGUCCACUGGAAUGCCAGCAGAUCUGACAGAAAAAGACAAGGAACUGGUAAAAAGUUCGUGGGCCAAGUUUAAUGAAGGAGAUGUUAUAGCUGAUGGUGCUCAUAUAUAUUAUAAAUUAUUUGAAAAAGCUCCCGAGGCGAAAGAAAAAUUUGGUUUUGCGAAGGACGGCGAAGUUAGCUUAGAGAACAAACAAUUUAAAGCUCACGUUCGAAAAGUCUUAGAUGUAUUCGAAUCUGUAGUACGAGAGAUAGACCAGUUGGAAGGACUUUUACCAGUCCUAAACGAUCUUGGUGCCAGACAUAAAAGUUAUGGUGUUCCAUUAAAAUAUUACGAGAUUUUGGGUUCCUGCAUUAUGUACGCCUGGGACAGAAAAUUGAAAAUGGAUGCCGAUACAAAGAAAGCUUGGGGUAAAUUAUAUGGAGUCGUCCAAACCGAGAUGAAGAAAGGCAACGCUUAGAAACUGCCGAGUAUCUUGAAACUGUACAUAGACAUACUAUAUUAUUAUAAAUUAUAUUUGACCAUUCUUCUGUGAUAUUUACUAUCGUAACCAUUGGUGCCUAAUAUUCAAUGUCAAUAUUUCGGGACGAUAUUAUUUUGUACAUUCGUAUUAAACCCAUGUCUAACAUGGCUUCCAAAAUCUUUAAUGAUUGAAUUUCAUAUUU